UGUGUCUGACUAGAACAAGCUGAGGGCUAUGUUAGACCUCCCUUACGGAGUACUGAAGUUGGAGCUGGAAAUAGCAAUUGUGGAUUGGAUACUGUGGUCAUGUGACCGAUGCGAGGCAACAUGUGCAAUUGGCCUGAAUGGCUACUGAGAGUUCUGAAAGAACACUAGCACUCUGCACUGAAUCCAGUGGAAGCACCUUAGCACCUCAAAACAGAGCGGAGUCCGAAGUAAACACCAGAUUGGAGAAAAGAAAAAAGGAUAUUACACUAAAUAAAGAAAUCGUCGACUGCGACGAUGUAGGUGCGAUUGAAGACGUUUUCUCAUCACUUGAAGACGCAGUACAAUUCAGUGAGUCUCUACCUUUCACACUUCAGAAUCUCCUGUCUGGAAUUGCAAUACAAAAGUGACUUUGAUAUGAGUGAAACACUUCCCUUUCAUCUCCUGUUGGAUCAUGUUUCUGGAAGACUUUCAUUGGCUGUUUUGAAAAUAGAGAAUCAUGAGUAAAGUGGAGGACAAGCAGGUUCAGAUGAUACCAUGAAGAAAAGGUCACAGGUCCUCUAUCGCCAACUGCUUAGUGUUCUACUGAUCCUGGCACUGACAGAGCUGAUAUCUGCUGUACAGGAAGUGACAUCUCAGGGACCCAUCAAAGACCCCUCUGUCACUACGGCAAUGUUGAACAGGUCUAGAGCUCAUUCCUCCAGCAUACCAGGCAGUUCAGUCUGGCAACAAAACUCCAGCACAGAAGGAAACAACUUGCCAAAUAUUCAGGGAUACCAUGCCACUGAACUGUCAGACUCUGGCAACACUGAACCCACCCUAACUACCAACCUUGUGGGAAAAAAAUUGACAACAGACCCUCCCCAGGGUAUUUCUAUCAGUCAUCACAGCACAAGAGAGGAUGUCCAUGAGUCCCCCCACGCCAGUACUUCAGAUGCAGAACAUUUAAAAGAGAAGAUGCCCAAGUUGGAUAUAGAUGGACCCACUGGAUCCCCACAGCCUUACACUACCACCGAACUGCAGCCUUCCUCUUCAGCAAGAAUGCUCGUUGAUCAUUCUUUGGCUAGUCCAGACCUUUCUGGCAUCCAUGCCAUUACUUCGCGGGAAUUAUCACAAAUCAUUAACGUUUCAAUUGCCAAUGGCCUUACAAGCGCAGGGCAAGAUGGAAGCUCAGACGUCAUCUCGCAAGGGUGGACAGAGACACCGGUCCUUUCUAUCUCACCAACCAUCCCAUUGGUUCUGCCUGAGACAGCAUCGGUGCCUUUAAACAGCUCUUUAACGGAGCAACUGUCAGGUAAAUCCUUAAUAUUUGUAACUCCUACAUGGAAUGAAACCCCAUCAUCACAAUGGCCUCACAGUCCCUCUAAAGAACAGGCUAAUAUUUCAUUAACUACAUUGGAGAGUGAUACACAGGCAAACACAACUUUCAGUGGCAGUAUAAUGAGCACUAAUUUGGAUGACAUGGUGUCAUUGAAUGGGACCUUUGCCUCCACUACGGAAUCUGCUUCUACAGCAACAGGGAACUUCCUGAAUAGACAGGUGCCUGCGGUGACCAAGGGGCCUGGACUUCCUGGUAACCUGUCCCAUGUGACUGAAGUGGACAAGCCUCAUCAGAGAGCCAGCAUCUGUCUCAGCAAAGUGGACAUUGUGUGGAUUAUUUUGGCCAUCAGUGUCCCCAUUUCAUCCUGUUCAGUCUUAUUAACAGUAUGCUGCAUGAGGAGGAAGAAGAAGACCUCAAAUCCAGAAAACAACCUGAGCUACUGGAACAAUGCUAUCACGAUGGAUUACUUCAACAGACAUGCCGUCGAGCUGCCCAGAGAAAUCACAUCUCUAGGAACUGCAGAGGACCAGGAGCCUUGCUCCCCUCCGAAUGGUGACUACACAGAGAGUGGGAUGGUCCUUGUCAACCCUUUCUGUCAGGAUACCCUUUUUACCAACACUGAACACGUAUCUGAACUAUAGUCUGCUGCAUUCAGAGAUGCUUACUUUGAUGUAUUUAAACCGCAUAUUCUUUGUGAAACAAUGAGAAAUGUCCACAGUUUUUUUCCCUAAGGUUGUCUUUUUUAAAUAUGUGAGUACAACUUUUAAAGACUGUGCUUUAUAAAAAAGAAAAUAAUAAUAAAAAAAUAGAAACUAUUUAACUAUGAAGUCUGCCAGUGUAUUUUUCUGACUUAAAUGUUUUCUACAAUUGUGUAAUUGUAAUAAUAUGGUUUGUAUCUGUUUUUUAAACUGCAUUAUUUUGUUAAAGUGGUGUGGUGAGUAAAUGUAGCGACUCUUGCAUUUGAUUUUGUUAUAGAAAAAUUACGUAACCCAAAACAAUUAUACUUUACUAAAAGCCUGCUGAACUUGAAUUGUACUUGGAAAUACUUAAGGGGGUCUUAGCUAUUAAUUCCUGCUCUUAAUUAUUUGCAGGCUGGAUGCUUAGUUUAGUAUGUAGUGGAGGGGUAAUAAUAUUUAGCUUGAUGCCUUUGUACCAUAUAGGCAGGGAUUCAAGAAUAGGCCUCAGGAUCUUGUGAUGGUCAGGUAUUCCUAAGAGAAGGUCAUUUAAAGGAAACCAGAGGACCACUUUAAUGUAACAGCCAUUGUUUCACACUGAGAUGUAUUGUUCUUACUGUAUAUGUGAUUUAUUUAGCUUAUUUGUUGUUACCAUGUUUUAGUUGAUUUUCUGCUACUGUCCUGAGGACCAAAUUCAACUUAAAGGUCCUAUGUAGAGCAUUGAGUAUUAAUAUGUGUUUGAACCCCUGCAUAUAUAGCCCGUUCUGCUUUUAAGUGCCACUGAAAGAUAUCAGGUUUCUUGGAAAGAAAUAAUAAGAUUAACAUUACUUCUAUUAAAAAGAAACAAUCUGGUAUGUGACAGCCUGUUAAAUACUUUUAUGUCGGUGUAACUUUGACACAAAUUACCUGUUUGGGGGACAUUGACUGCAGAAUGGCUGGUAAAAUCAUGUACAAAAUGUGAUACUAUUCUUCUACGAGAAUUAAUUUACACAUUUUAUGCAAAAAGAGGGUGGGGGAAGGGGAUGAACUGUUGUACACAGCAGCAAGAUCUUUUUGUAUUGUAGUAUAUACACUGUAAUUUUUACUACCAAGCAAUAAAAAAAGUUUUAAAAA